GACUUGAUAAACAUGGGAAACAAGCAGACUAUUUUUACAGAUGAACAACUUGAUGCCUACCAAGACUGUACUUUUUUCACCCGUAAAGAAAUCUUGCGCCAUUCAGUUUCGGAUCAUUGUCCUGCUGCAGACCCCAGAAGUUGGUUUCAGCUUGAGGUCACCAACAGAUGGCCGGACAUUCUCCUUCAGGAUUUUUUGGUAGACAACAGAAUUCAUGGUUCCAUUUAUCACAGCAAGUCCUUCAGGUCCUGAUACAGCAAAACAAACCCAGAUCAUUGCACUACCACCACCAUAUUUACUGUGUUGACUGUGAAUUUCUCUUGGAGAUAAAUAAAGUAUCUAUCUACUGUUGGUAUGAUGUUCUUUUUCUGAAAUGUGGCGUUACUUUUACACCAGAUGUAAUGGGACACACACCUUCCAAAAGAUCGUGGGGAUCAUCAAGAUGUUUUGAGCCUUAAUGUUCUCUUUGUUCGUCAGUGGUUUUCGGCUUUGAACUUUGCCAUGCAGGCCGUUUUUGCCCAGCGUCUUCCUUAGGGCAGAGUCAUGAACACUGACCUUAACUGAUGCAAGUGAGGUCUGCAGUUCUUUGGAUGUUGUUGUGGGGUGUUUUGUGACCUCUUGGAUGAGUCGUCACUGCGCUGGUAAUUUUGGUUGUCCGGCCACUCCUGUGAAGGUUCACCACGGUUCCAUGUUUUGGCCAUUUGUGGAUAAUGGCUCUCACUGUGGUUCGCUGGAGUCCCAAAGCUUUAGAAAUGGCUUUGGCUCAAUUAGUUAAAUUAUGUUUUAACCGGGGGGCAAUCACUUUUUCACACAGGGCCAUCACUGUGUGGAGUUUGUUUUCUCCGGGUUUCCUCCCACAUUCCAAAAAAACAUGCAUGUUAGGUUAAUUGGUGACUUGAAAUUGUCCAAAGGUAUGAAUGUGUGUGUGAAUGGUUGUUUGUCCAUUGUUUGUCUAUAUGUGCCCCGUCUCUCGCUCAAAGUCAGCUGGGAUAGGUUCCAGCACACCCCUGCGACCCUAAUGAGGAUGGAUGGAAGUGUAAAAACAAGUUAACCAACUUAUGACAUGCUAUAAAUGCUUGCACUGAGCAGCUUGGACAGAGAUGUGUGCCCUGAACGACUGCCUGUGUGACUAAUUUGCAUAGAAACUAAGUCGACUUGGUGCUGCAUUUCUUAACUGAGAGGGCAUGCAUAGGCGGGGCAGUCAGUGAGGGCCUGUUGUAAAGGGUGAAAUGCGAGGCGGUCCGGUUUUGCCUCUGUACCUCUGCUUUAUUACUGUUAUGCAUUUAUUUUUGCCAUAUUUGUUCUGAACAGCCAAAACAGAGAGACCGCUGCUGGCAAUUGCAUUGAUGUUGCAUGGUAGAUACCAUGAAUUGGCUCCUCAUCUUGUACCAAUGGAUUACACCAAUGAGCCUGAUUGUAAAUUACCUUUAGCCUUGAUAGUCAACAUGCCAGAGUUAAAGGAAAAUCCAUUCCGUAACAGGAUUGUUGAGUCUUUCUCAGAGGAUGGGAUGGGGAAUCUCAGCUUCAAUGAAUUUGUGGAUAUGUUCUCAGUCCUCAGUGAAAUGGCUCCACGGGAACUGAAGGCCAUUUAUGCCUUCAAAAUAUACGAUUUCAAUGUGGAUAAUUACCUUUGCAAAGAGGACCUGGAAAAAACUCUGAACAAGCUGACAAAGGAAGAGUUGACUCCAGAAGAGGUGCAGCUGGUGUGCGAGAAGACCAUCGAAGAGGCCGAUUUAGAUGGAGACAAUAAACUCUCCUUUGCUGAUUUUGAAAAUAUGAUAUCAAGGGCUCCUGACUUCUUAAGUACCUUCCACAUACGAAUCUGAGAGGGCUCCACAGUGAAGCUGAGCACAGUGCCUGUCAAAUCAUCCCGUGUGUCCUCUCCAGCUUUGUUUCCCUGCUGUCCUCACCUCUGUGACGUCUGCCCAGAUAGGAGUGCAAAACAGUGGAUGGAUGUGGAGUUCUCAGGAUGCUGGAUGUCUUCGCAGAUGAACCCAUGUGACCACCACCAAUGAAAGGGCUCGGCCUGGGUUGGUCUGUUCAAUGAGUUCAAUCAGUUCCUUGCAGAGGAAACAAAAAAAGACUGGCAAGAGCCCGACUAUGAAUUUGGGCUUUAUGGCACAUCUAAUAAUGCAUAAAAAGUAAUCUACCUAUAUUGCACAUGUCAUAGCCCCACUUCCAGUCUUCCUAGAUAUUCUAUCUAGUGAAUGACUGUUCAGCAUUAGCGUUAAGGGCGUCAAUGAGCUAUAUGCACUAUUUGUACUUGCAUGGUAAACCUCUUGCUCUUUUGCAGCGUAUUGCUUAUUUGAUGUUAUGGUUAAUAUGCUCGUGGAACUGUAACAUAAUGACAAUCAUAUUUUAAUUUUCUCCAGCUACGUGAAGGGCUAGCUUCCAUAUUCUGCCUUGGCCAUUACCAUGAGGUGUUUGUGACAGUCCUCUUUUGAAUAGACAUUUUUCAAGUUUGCAUUAUUUGGAAUAAAUGUCUUCUCUGUGUUGUGGCUGCCUUAUUUUUGUGUCGAUACACGAAAAGCUAAUAUUCCCAGUGUUUGUGACCAUGGUAACGUUUCUAAUCAGCACUCCUCAACCUGUCCAGCCAUGAUGAAGGAGGCGUGUGCACAAUAAAGAUGAGGAGGGAUGGAGCCUAUGUGCUUUCUUCAUCAUAUAAGCACAAUAUAUGGUGAUUAAAAAGCAGCUGCCUCAGC